AUGUUAAGGACUAUCCAAUCUUUCUCUCUAGAUAACGAUGUUAAACCAACCUUUUUACCCAAAAAAAAGUCACAUUAUUAUCUAAAAUCUUUAAUAAAAAAUAGAAAUUUGAGACCAAAAAGUCAAGAGGCAGACGAUUCUAAUUAAUAGAUAAUCAAUCAAAAGAUAGGCCCAUCAAGAAGAAAAAGUUGCUAUUGCAAUCUGUGUGGUUUCACUAGUAAAAAACAAUAAACAUUUAUGGAUCUUAAGCUAAUCAAAAAACCAACAAUGAUCAAAAAACCACCUAUUCAUAGUGACAGAAGGAGUACCUAUAAUCUACAAAGUGCAAGUAAGAAUUACUGAUUUAUACUCAGAUAGAAGUGUUUUUUAUAGAAGGAACACUCAAAAAAAAGAGGAAAAGGCAGAUCUUCCAAAAUCACCUGCCUAUGAUCUCGGAGAAUCAAAAAACACUGAUUGGUAUGUUCGCCAAAUUAUUAAAAGAAAUUCAAGAAUUAAUGUUCAAAAAUUCGUUGAUAAUUCAUUUUCAAAGAACUCGUAAUAGCAAUCAUAAUCAAACAAAAAAAUAAAUAUCGAUGAUUUGAUGAAUGUAAAAAGUCAAUAAACUAUACAUCUUCCUUAUAGUAUAAGUAUUCUAUAUCUUGAUAAUGGAAUUAGAUAGUCCUAGUGUUAGAAUUCGAACUAUUGGGGCCUUUGACUAAGAUAACACAACUACAUCUCCAAAAUGUAAAGACUUUACUAAGUUAUCUCCAUAUCUAAGCUUUCGCUAACUCAAUACAAAUCUCCUUGCUCCCAUCAAAUACAAAUCUAAUAUAUCUAUGUCAAGAAAAGCCAAAAAAAAUAUAGUUUCAUAUUCCAAAAAUUGA